UCUUCUGUUAGCCAAGGAAUCUACAUGUACAUAUCUCUCACAUUCUCAUGUUUGGUGUGUGUCAUGAGAGAGAGUCUGUCUUCCACUAGCACCUUACAGAGACAGGGUGUUUGUUGUCUGUUUUGCUGGUCCUGUAACUCAGACUCUCUCCAUGAUGACCUCCAGACAUGUAGUGUAGCUCUGUACAUGGCUUUCCCACUGUCUCAGUUUCCACUCUCUCCACCAGGAUGGAGACUCUGCAGUCAUCAGAGCUGUAGUGGGUUAUGAACCAGCCACUGUGUGGGUGCUAGUGAGGGCAGGGAGUGACCUCAACCUCCAGAACCGGGUGAGAUACACAGUUACUGUUGACACUGCACCACAUAUCAUCCCCGUCCUCCAUAUUAGGAGGGGCUCACUGCCCUAAUGAUAGCUGCCAGGAGUGGGAGAACUGACAUUACUAACUUUCUACUGGAGGGAAAACACAUCAACGUGGACAUUCAGGAGAAUGGCACAGGAUGGUCAGCUCUCCACUUCUCUGCUGAGAGAGGAGACUGGGAUACCACACAAGUACUCCUGAAGGCAGGAGCUAGUCCUCACCUCAAAGACAAGAAUGGACUGACAGCUAUGGAGAUUGCUGAGGUCAAGGCUGAGGAAGGAGAGGAAGGGAGGCCUUAUGACGAAUACAGGGAAGAGAGACCUCAGUAUAACUAUGAGGGAGUCAUUAGUCUUCUGAGGGAACAUUGUAAAGAAGAACCAACUGCCGCAACCAGUCAUCAUGAGUCUUCAGACUGUGGCCAUGACAGUGCUCCUCCCACUCAACAGGACAGCUCUACUGUUGAUGAGGACACUCCUCCCACUCAACAGGACAUCAUAGAUACCACCCAGAUCACCUCUCAUCAGAGAAUAGGAAGAAGAAACAUAUCUCAGGCUCUGAGGAACCUGGUGAACAGGACGGGACAGAUAGCAGUCCAGAUCUUCAAUGACCUGGAUAGACGUCUCAAGUCAGCUGACAAAAACGACCAGUCAGAGUCACAGAAUCCUUCCAGCUACAAGGUUGAUAGAAAACAUCCAGGAAUACGAUUCUUCCGCGGUCCGUGGAAGCAGUCGGUGACAUCAGCUGGUGCUCACAUCACCUGGAGGGAGGAGAUAGGGGUGGAGUUUGACAUCCCUCCCGGGGCAGUCCCCGAGGGCAGAGAGCUGGAUCUGAGUGUCUGGCCCUGUUAUAAUGGUCCAUUCCGUUUACAAGAUGGCUAUGAGCUAGCCAGCCCUGUCUUCCUCAUAUCUCCCUCGUUUAAAUUCUCUCGAGAAAUAACUCUGACACUGUGGCACUUCUCUAACCUAGAAACUGUGGAGGACAGUGAGAGAAUGGUCUUCCUCUCUGCACCUUCCACGCCUAACACAAAACGGGCUGGCAAGAAGCCAGCAUAUCAGUUCAGAGUCCUUGGAAAAGGGGUUUUUGAGCCUCGCCAGGAUUAUGGCCGAAUUUCACUGACUCACUUCUGUUAUGUUGGUGCUGGUCGCAAGCGCAAGAAGCACUCGUCUCCUUCAGACAGUCCUCUUAGUAAAAAGCCAAGGGAUGAAAACAGAUAUGUUUACCAAGUGUAUCAAGAUAGGCAGUUUGGAGAUACAGCUAUUUUCUCGGCAUUCCUUGACCAGAAACUGUAUUUUAUUGAACUUGAAGAACAUGUUAAUAAAUAUUCGACUCAACUUUGGUCAGCCUCCUCCGUCCCAAUCAGUAUUGAAGGGGACAGGGUAAAAUUGCAGUGGCCAUCCAAUACUGGCUGGGUGAUUACUCCCAAUAGAGAGCCAUGUGAAUUAACAAAAGAAAUGGUGGAUUCUCAUCAGAGGCAUCCUUAUCCCCAAAUGAUUCUUCUGGAAGUUGAGAAGUCUGCAACAUCAAGUACCAUCUCUCCAAGUAUUCCAGUGGAGAUAGUUGGGAUCCGGGAACCGGGAGAACGGUUCAUACUAAAGCCAAAACUACGACAAACUGGCCUUACCCUACAGAGCUCCUUAUCCAGUCCGUCCCACGCCCUCCAGCCUUCACAGACGCUUUCUUAUCGUCGAGACCAAGCAGACACUGCUGGAGCAAGUGUGGAGCAAGCGAGACAGGGGCCAAGUCAUCCAAACCUGAGAGAUCUGUUCAACAACAUUCGUACCACCAAAUGGUAUGAGUUUGGGUUGCAACUGACAAGCAAUAUUGAAGAGUUGAACACAAUCAAGACCGAUCACAAAGGUGAUGCAAGAACUGCCCUGCUAGAUACACUUAAUCUUGUUCUCAGAGAAGAUCCAGAUCUGUCAUGGCAGAAAGUCGUACAAGCAUUGCAAACUAUUGGUGAAGUAGUAAUGGCUCAAACAAUAAAUGAGAAAUUCUGUUAAAAAAUUUCCUCACUUAUGCGUUGCUCAUUUAUAUACAGUCAUGUUUUAAUUUUUUCUGAAUUGCAAAGCAUGGACACUGGAUAGGAGGCUGACAACCCAAACCUAUAACUACAACAUUCACAGUCUUUUGCAUAAUGCUCUCAGUAAGUCCCUCCCUUUUGAAGUGUAAACCAAUCUAAACUUUUUCAGUGGCUG